UUCCACUAUAACAGUCGAAUUAAUUAUGAAAAUAAUUUCGUAAGAAUGCGCUACUCUAUUUUAAGAAUGCUCUUACUAUCAAUUUAAUAUCUGCCAUUAGUACUUUACUGUCCUUCCAACAAAACAAAUCGAAUCCCGUCUCCAAAAAUUCGAAAUGACGGACGCCGAACUAACGAAGGAUCAAAUAGCAUUGCUGAAAAAUGCUUUCGAUACGUUUGAUGUGGAGAAAAAGGGCAGUAUCGGCACGGUUAUGGUGGGAACGAUUUUAAGUAUGCUCGGAAUACAAACCACGGAAAGUAUGCUAAAGGAAAUUAUAGAUGAAGUUGAUGCAGACGGUUCUGGAGAAUUAGAAUUCGAAGAAUUCAUAACUCUGGCCUCCAGGUUUAUGGUUGAAGAAGACGCUGAAGCAAUGCAACAAGAACUGAAAGAAGCUUUUCGAUUGUACGAUAAAGAAGGUAAUGGUUACAUCACUACAAGUACAUUGAAAGAAAUCUUGAAAGAACUUGAUGACAAAAUUACCAAUGAUGAACUCGAUAUGAUGAUUGAAGAAAUCGAUCAAGACGGGUCCGGAACAGUCGAUUUUGAUGAAUUUAUGGAAGUGAUGACAGGUGGAGAUGAUUAACAUCACAAUGCGGAUUUAAAUGUUUCUUCCACCUGCGAUGCGAAUUAUCCACAAAAUUUGGCUGUGACAGAAUAUCUUAUAAAAUGCAGCAGUCGUUAAUUAUAUUCAAUGUUACAAACAUCAAUAAUAAAACAUUGCGCUAAACUUCACUUUCAUACUACUAGCAUAAUCAUUGCAAGAGAAAAAGAAAAAAAUUGAACCAAAUU